AUGGCUUUCGAGGGCUGGACAAGGGUCGAGGAUGAUAGUUUAGUCGAUACACUCAGGGAAGAAAAUGAAGCUCUAAUUGAGGGUGAGAAAGAAACGUUGAUUAAUAAAGGGGGCCUGCAGGAUGGCCUGUUGGUGUCCUGCAUCACCUAUACGAGAGCUCUGGUGAUGCGAUUGGAGCAAGGUGAUGCCCCUCACCGCUGGCUACCUGUGUCCACCAUCCCAGCCCUUUCUAUGAGCUACGUGCCAUGGAACCAGAGCUUCGACCUUGCUGAGGGCUACUGCGCCGUAGAGACCAAUCUGGCUUCCAAGGACAGCCACUGGGUCUUUGUGAAUGAGGAAAUCAGCGACCCAGAGAUCCUGGAUCUGGUGCACAGCGCCCUUGGCAGGAUGACUGUGGUCAGGCAGAUCUUCCCAUCUGCAAAGGACAACCAGAAAUGCAUGAGGAACAACCAUCGCAUCUCCUCCCUGCUCUGUGACCCCCAGGAAGGCUACCUCCAGAUGCUGCAGAUCUCCAACCUCUACCUGUAUGACAGUGUCCUGAUGCUGGCCAAUGCCUUCCACCGGAAGCUGGAGGACCGGAAGUGGCAUAGCAUGGCGAGCCUGAACUGUAUACGCAAGUCUACCAAGCCAUGGAAUGGAGGAAGGUCCAUGCUGGACACGAUCAAAAAGGGCCACAUCACUGGCCUCACAGGGGUGAUGGAGUUUCGGGAGGACAGCUCGAAUCCCUACGUCCAGUUUGAAAUCCUCGGCACAACCUAUAGUGAGACCUUUGGCAAAGACAUGCGGAAGGUGUCUGGGCCUUCCAUGUUGCCAUGGCAACUCUCCUUCAAUACCCCCGAAGCCAAUGGGAGCUGGAAUCUCUCAGUCUAAGGAGCUUCGGAGAGCAGGAGGCCUGAAUGUAAUUGAGUUGGAAGGGAAGCUGAUUUUCAAGUGGGCUUUAUUUUAAAAUGUAUCCUUUUGUCAUUUUAAAAUCUGACCUUAAUAACUGCA